AUGAAUGCAAGCCACUCUACAGUAGUCAUAACCACCACAAAUCUGCCCAUUGCCAUCCUUAUCAUGGUGUCCUUCCUGGUGGGAACAGCUGUGAAUGGGGUCUUCCUCUGGGUGCUGGGGAUGAAGAUGAAGAGAACAGUGAAUACUACCUGGUUCCUUCAUCUGAUUCUCACGUACUUGCUCUCUUGUUCCCUCCUGCCUUUCUUUGCUGUCUUUGUCUUCUUUGAUUUUGACUGGAUCUUUGGCCCAAUCAUGUGCAAGUUUUUACUCUCCUCCUUCUCCCUGGGAAUGUUCACCACAGUCUUUCUACUCACCACUGUCAGCCUGGACCGCUUCCUCAUCACCUGCCAUUCCGUCUGGUCCCGGCGCAACCGCACAAUACCCCAUGCGCAGAGGGUAAUUGCAGGUGUCUGGCUUGCUUCCCUAGUUCUGAGCGCCCCCAACUUUCCUUUCCUGGAGAUUCGAGAGGUGGAGGGGAAGAGAAAGUGCGGCCAUGAAUUCCGUGUUCACCUGGCUUUCUUUUUGGUCCAGUUCUUGCUGGCUUUCCUGUUUCCUUUCAUCAUCAUUAUGACCUGCUACUGUUGGAUUGGUUGUGAAAUGAAGAAGAAAAGGUUACUGAGGACUGGGAAGACUUUCAGAGUCCUGGUGGCAGUGGUGGCAUCGUUCUUCAUCUGCUGGCUCCCCUACCAUCUCUACCGAGCUUCACUGCUGCUUAUGAAAGAGUCUGAACUCAUUGUGCAGGUUCUAUGGGAUACUGCAGCUGCUGGAGUUUGUUUCAAUAUUUGCUUCACCCCCAUCCUGUAUCUGUUUGUUGGGGAGAAAUUCCAGGAGGUCUUCAAAAGAUCAAUUUUUGCGUUUUUGCAAGGUUUUGCAGAUGAUCCCGUUAGCCCUGGGGACCAGUAG